CUGAACAGUGAGAAUGGAGGAGAGGAGAGAACCCACGGGUGGUAAUUUUAAUGGUGGAUUUAAGGAAUUCAUUUGUGAAGAAGACUUCUACGAUGAAGAGCAUCCUCAUCAUCAUCAGUCUAACAGGCACCAAGUGUCCAUGUUCACUAUGAGUCCUGGGAGAUGUCACAGACUGGCUGCAGUGAGCCUGGCCCUACUCGCUGCUGUUUUGCUGAUAGUUGAUAUUGGCCUGGGAGUCCAUUAUAACAAACUCACAGACACUCACCUCACCCUCGAUGAUACCGAACGCAUCAGCAAAGAGCUCAUCAACCUCCAGGACACUUACAAGACUGCAGUGGAAAUCAUGAAGGAUGCCAGGAAGCAGCUGGACAGUGAGAUGAGCCGUCAGACACAAACCAACUGGGAGCUUGAACACCAGACAAAACGAAGCAAUGACUAUAAAAGUCAGAUGGAAAAAAUCACAAAGGAAAUUGAAACUUCAAGAUCACGCUUGUCAAUGCAUAGCGAUGGCUGCAAACGCUGUCCUGUGGGAUGGAUUUUAAUGAACUCUGUAUGUUACUACUUCUCCUUGAAAUCAAAUGAAAUGAAAACAUGGAAGGAAUCCAGAGAUUUCUGUCAGCUGCAGGGAGGAGAUCUUAUAAUCAUAGACAGCCAAGACAAAGAGAACUCGACAGUAAAUUUCCUAAUAAAUCAUCAAGAUGCCUCCCAGCUCUCGACAGACUUCUGGAUCGGACUGAGUGAUUCCAAGGAGGAAGGGACUUGGAAAUGGUUGGAUGGAAGAUUUCUUGUUCAAGGGUACUGGAACGAUGGAGAGCCGAACAAUCUCAAUGAUGAAGACUGUGCAGCCGUGUAUCCCAGAGUAAACUUCUUCAAAGCUUGGAAUGAUGUUAGAUGUGGAGUCAGAAGGAAAUGGAUUUGUGAAAAAGCACCAGAAUCCAUGAGCUAAAAUGUCUAAUAAGGCAUACAGUCUUAGAUAUGUAAACUAUCACAUAUUCUUUAAAUCAUAACAUGCAUAAGGUGGUUUCACCUUGUCUUCACUUUGUUUUCUGUACCUCUCACUGUCUCUAUCGCUCUCUCUCAGCGUGUCCACCCUUUAUGUCAUGAGCACAGUUGUUGUCUGGCUGUGGUUGCAGCUAUAACUGGUAAUAUGACGACUCUUUACUGCUCCUAAUACUCCUAUUAUCAUUAGCCACAGAAAUAAUCAUGACAGGAGUAUACUGGCUGACAGUGUAACUGUGUCCCAUCACUUACUGCGAAAGGAAACUUGGCUGCCUGUAAUAACAUGUAAUAACUAUAGAAGAUGCAUCCUUCUAUGUGUUUUGCAUUGGGAUGCUGGCCUUCAACUCUCUGCAAAGUCAAUUAAUUACAAACCCUAGUAAACCAUGUUUCAUCAUCAUCAUCAACUUUAUUUAUAAAGCACUUUAAAACAACCACAGCUGACACAAAGUGCUGUACAUUGGA